AUGCCGAAGAAAUCGUAUAAGCAUAAGCCUUCUCGAAAUGGCAACUUGUUGUUUGCCAAAUUGCCAGCAGAGAUCCGCUACGAGAUAUGGUGUAUGCUCUUCUCGAUAGAGUGCAAAGGGCCAGUUAUGCCAGUGCACAUUCCCAGAGACAAUGCAACAGAGACCUUCUUUUCUUUGAGGAGAAGUGAUCAGGACAGUAUCUUUGUUCUUAAUGCUCUCAUGAAGACUUGUCGGCUGUUUUACCAGGACCAGGAGUAUUGGAUGCUCUUUUACAAGUUCAACGAAUUCCAAUUUCCCAGAAGUCGUGAUUGCCUCACUUAUGUUGCUGCUAUUACACCGUCCCGCCGCAACGCCAUACAACACAUCACCCUCACACUACCCACCCCCUAUAAUCGCAACGGCGUCAAGAAGGGGAAGCCAGGAAAUCGUCUCCGCGCCAUUGCCAAACUCUGUCCGAAUUUGCGCGUCCUGAGACAUGAGAAAUUCUUUUACCGCUCAGACUCCUUGACCAACUGGUUAACCUUGUUGGCCGAGACUAUGGAGCCCAUUGUGGCCUCUCUACCAUUGUUAAAGGAGGUCCACAUUCGUGGUAGCAAUGAUGGGCAUACGUGGCUGACAUGUCGUAUGACUUUGCAGAAAAUAGAUUUGAUUUUGUCAAGAUCAACAGCGCAGGGCCCUGUCCACAUCAGGGACAGUGGUGAGCAAGUAUUGACGGCAGUGUGGGAGAUAUUGUCCAAAAGAAGAACAGUUGAUGAGCGACCACUCGAACCUCGCCUUGUAAAGCAAGCUAUUAGAACGACACCUAUUCUCACUCUGGGACAAGAUCGUCGGCAACGAAGCCGUGUCAAUGGCGUGAGACAGAAUGUAAGACGUUUCGCAAGAGGAACAGUCCCCGAUUUUAUAUUCGGAGGAACGGGGACUGUAAAAGACAUUCGGUUUCCCCGCGAUGAAAUGUGUCCCGAAUUACUUAUUGGAACAGUUUGGUACCAUUGGGAUGCCAUCUUUUCUUCAAAUCGUUUAUCAGAAUAUCACAGCAAAUCUUAUGUAUCGGAGGCCGCGUACCGUUUCAGAAAGAAGUACGUCUCAUGGGUGUAUUUUUCGGGCACUAGCAAAGGGAGACGCCAUGGGAAUCGAAGCCCUCAAAGCAAGCUAAUCAACUGCAUAUGGCAGCUGAAUUGGCAGGACAACGCUAGGAAAUUGGAUAUAUUGGGCGAUUUAUACGUCGCUCGGAACGACAGGCGUAGACGGAGAUAUUAG